CGCGCCGGAAGCGGAAGGCGCCGCCUGACCUUCCUCCUCGCCGUCUUCCUCCUGCUGCCCCUGCGGCUGUCGGGCGGGGAGCAUGGCGGUGCCGCGGCUCUUACGGGCAGCAGCCCCGCGGCUCCUCAGCACCGUAGCGGCCCCCGCGGCCCAGCCCCGCGCUGCGGGUGACAAGCUGCUGUCCGAGCCUCUCAGCCACCCCGACUUCUUCAAUGUGAAGGAGCUCUUCUCCCUGAAGGAUCUCUUUGAUGCUCGGGUGCACCUGGGGCACAAAAAGGGCUGUCGGCAUAGGUUCAUGGAGCCCUACAUCUUCGGCUGCCGCCUGGAUCAGGACAUCAUCGACUUGGAUCAGACGAUGCAGCACCUCCAGCUGGCCCUCAACUUCACCGCCCACAUCGCCUACCGCAAGGGCAUCAUCCUCUUCGUCAGCCGCAAACGCCAGUUCUGCCACCUGGUCGAGAGCACAGCGAGGGACUGUGGGGAGUAUGCCCACACCCGUUACUGGCAGGGCGGCCUCCUCACCAAUGCCCAUAUCCAGUUCGGGUCUGGAGUCCGCCUGCCCGACCUCCUCAUCUUCCUCAGCAGCCUCAACAAUGCCUUUGAGCCCCACGUGGCCAUCCGGGACGCUGCCAAGAUGAACAUCCCCACGGUGGGGGUGGUGGACACAAACUGCAACCCCUGUUUGAUCACCUACCCAAUCCCUGGGAACGAUGACAGCCCCACUGCCAUGGAGCUCUACUGCAAGCUCUUCAGGAUGACCAUCAUCCGCGCCAAAGACAAGAGGCGGCAGAAUGAGGCCUUUGCUGAGCUGCAGAGCAAAGCGGAGGGCAAUAAGCCGUAGGGACAAGCUUGGCCAUGCCCAGCAGCUCAGUGAUGGGCGUCCUGCUCCACUCCCACAGGCACUGCCGGACUUGCCCCGCACCCAGAACACCAGCUUUUGGUGGAGCUGGGCUGGUUGUGGAAGGGACCCCCCCAGCUCUGCAGCUGCACAGAGAUCCCACGGCGGUCACAGCUGUGGUGGGUCUCUAGCUCAAAAAAACAUUGCCUGAAGCAAUGGAGAGGGAAACAGAGCCAGGCCAGGCAGGGCCAGUGUCCUGGCACUUGUCCCUGUUGCAAGGAGGUGCCCCUGUCCUGUGGCCUUCCUGAGCUUGUGAUCUCUUGUGAAACAGCUUGUGUGUCGCACCUCUUCUUGGCAAAUAAAGGGCCCUGCCAUCUU